AUGCUGCAGCACCGCCCGGUCAUCAAGACGCUGCUGGAGCACGCGCAGUCCCUUCGCAAGCGCCGCAUCAGCCUGCAGGGCUGGACCGGGUCGGGCAAGAGCGUGGCCCUCUACUCCUUGGUGGCCUGGGCGCGCGCCAACGACUGGGUCGCCCUGUACGUGCCCAGCGCCUUCAGCAUGGUCCAAGGCGGGACCUUCAACCGCGGGGAGGACGGUCUGUUCGACAUGCCGCAGGCGGCGCGCUACAUCCUGCAGUCCAUGCUACAGGCCCACGCCGGGGACCUGCAGGCGCUCCGGACGGCGGACGGGGCGCAGAGCCUGGCGGAGCUGGCCGGAGCCGGGGUGAGGAACACCACCGCCGCCGACGUCGUGGCGGCGGCCAUCCGGCUCAAGGAUGAGCUGGCGGGGCAGACGCAGCGGCGUGUCCUGCUGGCCGUCGACGACUACAACGCCCUGUACCACCGCACCACCUACGGCGAGGCCGUCCACCCCUUGCACCGCCGCCAGCUCCAGCCGGACGAGCUGCGCCUGGUGCAAGGCUUCAGGCUGAUGGAGCAGCCGGCCCCCGCCAAUGGACUCACGGUGACCGCGCCGACGUGCGGCGGCCGGCUGCCGGCCGCCCUGGCCGUCCCGCUGCCCAGGAACAGCAGAGUGAGCGUCCCGCGCUACAAUCUGCAGGAGGUUGCCACUGCCGCCGCCUUUUACUACGACACCGGCGUCAUCACAGAUGUACCGACCGUCCCGAUCGUGCAGCGAGCCUUUGCGCUGUCCAACGGCAAUGCAAAAGAGCUGCGGCACCUCGCCGCUGUGCUGCUGGCGGAGAACGACCCUUUGGGUCACUCCCUGGGCCACAAGGCGGCGGAUGCCGCCAAGCGGCGCAUGCUGCGUGGGGAGGCAUGA